GGGUAUCCUCCUUUGAUCUCAUUCUAACAAUUUGACUAAAUUAAGAAAAAUAAACCAAAUCCAAAACUCCCUCAUUUUUCUGCUUUCUUCUUCUUCAACAAACAAAACAUUUUAACCAAAACCAGAUCACAAUGAUCUACUUUCUCUCUCUAAACAUGUUGUAGAGAGGGAGAGAGAAGAGAAGAAGAAGAAGAAGAAAAAAAAGAAAGAAGAAAAGAAGAAGAAGACAUUAUUAGAAUUUAAUUCAGUUCACAAAAGUGAUGACAUUCAUUUGACUUGCUUUGUUCUUGAUCUAUUUUCUAAAACAAAGUCAGUUCUCUUUGAUUCAUUUAGCUCUGUAUUUGUUUUAUCUUCUUCUUCUUCUUCUUCUUCUUCUUCUUCUUCUUCUUCUCCUUCUUCUUCUUCUUCUUCUUCUUCUUAACUUUAUAUUUGAAUCAAAACCAUGUAAAUUUCAGACUCAGAAUAGAUGUUAUCAUAAUACUUUUUCUUUUUUGUAAUAAAAGAAACAAAGAAAAUUCACAACUCUUUCUCUUGCUCUGUUUUUUCACAAAGAAAAAACAGAGCAAAAUGAAAAUGGAUUUUCCAAUCUCAAUCAACCUACAUUGGAUUUGGGGUUUCCUAAUACUAAACUCAUUAUCAAAUCAUUACAUUAUCGACGCUAUAAAGAUCCGAACGAGCGAAGUGGGGCGACUCUGCGGAACAUCUGAGUAUUCUCCGCUCACAAAUUUUAUCCCAAACUUCAUCGUAGCAAUGGACAAUGUCCAAAUAGAAUUAAGCAUCGAAAAUUGGGGUGUUUCUAACAUAACAGAGCCUAAUCCACCUGUGUUCGCCUUCGCACAAUGCUUCGGCGACCUUCCUCCACCGGAUUGUAGGUCAUGCUUCGCCGUUGCAAGAAUGAAACUCCCCAACUGCUUGCCUUCGGUAGCAGCUAGACUCUACCUCGACGGCUGCUACAUUCGAUACGACAACCACAGCUUCAUUCACGAGACUAUAGAUGAAAAACAUGACAAGAUAGCAUGUGGGCCGCCGACGGAUUUCUCAAAUGAUGAGCUGAUGAAGUCGGAGUUUGCGAGGAAGGUGAAGGAGGUUCUGGCGAUUUUGACGCAGAAAGCUGUUAAUAAAGGAGGUUAUGCUGUGGAUGAAGAUAGAGGUGGAGUUGAGGGUGUUUUUGGUUUGGCUCAGUGUUGGAAAACUCUUAGUAAAGAUGAGUGUCGGAACUGUUUGGUGAAUGCUAGUGCUUCGCUCUUGAAUUGUGCUCCUGCGUCGGAGGGUAGAGCCAUGUUCGCCGGUUGUUAUGUAAGGUACUCUACUGAUAGGUUCUUUCAUUUGGCUCAACGACAACAAGAAGAAGACGAAGGUUCUCCUCUACAUGAUUUGCUAGCAUCAAACCGAGUUUGGAUCAUCAUAGCUGGCAUUUUCUCUGCAAUUGUGUUGGGUCUUCUUGCCCUCUUUGGAGUUUAUGUUGGUGUUUAUUGUGGAUAUAAGUCCAAGAAAAACAAAGUGAUUCAUGAGGAUGUUUCAAUAACUAUAAAAAAAUCAAACUUGAAUUUCAAGUAUGAAAUACUGGAAAAGGCAACUGAAUAUUUUGACAUGACAAGAAAAUUAGGACAAGGUGGGGCUGGUUCUGUGUUUAAAGGGAUUCUCCCAGAUGGGAAAGUUGUUGCUGUGAAGAGACUAUUUUUCAAUACAAGGCAAUGGGUGGAUGAGUUCUUCAAUGAAGUGAAUUUGAUUAGUGGGAUUGAACAUAGGAACCUUGUGAAGCUUUUGGGGUGUAGUAUUGAAGGACCAGAAAGCCUUUUAGUUUAUGAAUUUGUACCCAAUAAAAGCCUUGAUCAAAUACUUUAUGAUAAGAAGAACACAUAUAUACUAAGUUGGCAACAAAGAUUUGAUAUCAUAUCUGGAAUAGCUGAAGGGCUUGCAUAUCUCCAUGGUGGUUGUGGUUUGAAGAUUAUCCAUAGAGAUAUCAAAUCUAGUAAUAUUUUGCUUGGUGAUGAUUUUGUUCCAAAGAUAGCAGAUUUCGGGCUUGCUCGAUCCGUUUCGGCCGAUAGAACUCAUCUAAGCACAGGAAUUGCAGGAACAUUGGGAUAUAUGGCACCUGAAUAUCUUGUUAGAGGGCAACUCACAGAAAAGGCUGAUGUUUAUGCUUUUGGAGUGUUGGUUCUUGAAAUUGCAUGUGGUAGGAAGAAUAGUGCUUUCACAUUGGGAUCAGGCUCAAUUUUACAUUCAGUUUGGAAGUGUUACAAAGAAAAGAAAAUAUCAGAAUCUAUCGAUCCAGGAUUAAAAAGUGAUUUCCCUAUUGAAGAAGCUUCAAAUGUACUUCAAAUUGGGCUAUUGUGCACACAAGCUUCGGUUGCACUAAGGCCAUCUAUGUCUGAUGUUGUUAAAAUGUUGACUGAUGAAGAGUAUGGAAUUCCAUCACCAAAACAACCUCCAUUUUUAAAUGCUAGCUUGUUGAAUUCAGAUGAGACUAGAAUGAUUUCAGAGGAAACUUCAUCUUCUUAUACUGAAAAUUCAAGCAAUCUUUAUGAUUCAGUUGUUGAAACCACUGAGGUCUCCAAACCUUCUUAAUUUCAUUUAUAUGAACUUUUAAAAAGUUUUGUACAAAGGUUUGUCACUAAAUUUGUUUGAUUAAGAAAAAAUACUUUGGUGGGUCAUGAUUUUAAGGGUGAAA